UAAACUCUAGGGAAUCCAAAAAAAAAUGAUAUAUAUAGAUUUUCCUUCACGUUCAUCGUGAUCUUCUUCCUUUAGUUCAAAGGAACUAGCAGGCAGCUUCCCCUUCACGUUCUAUUUGCUUGCCGUUUAGAUAUCUUAAGUCGUUAGCGAAUACUAAUUACAUGAACGUUCCUUUAAAAACCCCACGGUCAUAGCUACUAGCCACAUUUUUUCUUAUUGAUCUUGCUAAUAUGAGUCACAAAAAAGCUCUUUCGCAGGGAAGCAUACCCUUUUCUUGGGAGGACAAACCCGGAGUUUGCAAGACCCCCAACAAUAAUGAGUGCUCUCUACAUAAAAGAUCACCUUCCUCCUUACCACCACCAUUUCCUAGCCACGUGGACUACUCAAAGAAGAAGAGUCCUCUGCCUCCUUAUCCGUUAUCACAACCACCUCCUCCUCGUCGAAGCACGUCGGGAAAGGGCUUUAAGCGGCAGGAUGACCCUUUUCUUGUUGCUUACAAGGAGUGUACCAAAGGUGAGAAAAAUGGCAAGUUACUCGACAAGAAUAAAAGAGGUGUUGGAUUCAAUUUUAGCGCAAGGAGAAUCAAAUUCACGUUUUCUUGUAGAAGUAUCAGUGAUGCAAGGGACGAUUAUGUAAUGCAGCCUGUUCGUAUUCCUAUGGUUAGAACUCGCGCGUUGUUAACUUUGGAAGAUGAUCACAAACAAUCUUUUAACCAUGGAACAUGGCUGUGAUUUGUUUAUCUGUUAUUUUGUUUCCUUUUAAGAUUUGCAAGAUAAUUAUGACUCUUAACAUAUUUAUUAUAUACAGUUAUUUAAAUAUUGUUUUCUUCCUAUUUUAAUUUGGUUCUAUACUACAAUUGUACGUACAUCAAUUCGGGUUAAGGAGAAGUUUCUGAGAGUCAAGCUUUAA